GGGAAUCGUCACUCGAAGCGCGGAAAGCCUCUGAGCAGCAACAGCCGCAGCCCUGUGAGCCGGACCCAGCUUCGCUUCAUCCUCACGUUGUGCCACUUCUUAUCUUACAAUUCUAACUGGUCUGUCCAUGUGACAAAUACUGUAACCAAGCUUAUAUUUUACUGCAAAAUACUUGGAAAUAAUCUCGACCUUUGCGUGUUUCUCUUUUGCUCGGACGGAAUAAAGUGUCGACCAUCUCUGACAUCCUCACUAGAGAAAGUGUUCGUUGUGGGGCUAACAAAAGUCCAAGACAGCGUUUAACUCGCCCUAUGAAAAUGGACUCACAGUGAAAUUAUUCCACAUUGACCUCAUCAUCUCCAAAGCGCACCAACACUAAGCCCCUCCCCCCUGACCAGUUCCUCCCUCUAUAGGAGUAAGGGAGGCGUGGAUUGGAUGGACCUUCACCGGCCCUCCUUUAAGAUGGACAGCUCCUCCUACCUGCCCGGCCCCCUGGCCUCCCCAGCCCUGAUGGUGCUGGCCUCCACAGCCGAGGCUGGCCGCGAUGCCUCCAUCCCCUGCCAGGCCCCACGGCCUUUCGGGGUCCCCAUCUCUGAGAAGGACCUCCACCUCCCCUUCCCCUCCGGCUCCUACACAUUCGCCUCCAUGUACCACCGCCAGGGGCCCGUCUCCGGCCAUGGCCCCUUCCCCACCAGAGACUUCCCUGCCUCCCUGCUCCACCUCCACCCCCAGUUCCACCCCCCCAACCUGGACUGCUCAUCCUUGGGGAUGCUCAACCACAGCGGGGUAGGGGCCUUCCGACCCUUCUCCUCCCCGCCUGAGGAGAGGGAGGUCAGGGUUUAUCAGUCAGCCUUCACCCCUGCUAAGAGGCUCAAGGGCUGCUACACAGACUCGGAAAGGAAGCAGUAUGAGUUUGGAGGAGGGCGUAUUCUCUCUGGUUCGCCGUGGUCACUCAAAGCCGCUGAGGAUUCUGGGAGGAAGUUGUUUGCGGUGUCUGGCCUGCUGUCAGACAGUGAGGCCUUGUCCAGUCCUGAGGACCGUAAGGAAGGCUUAGGUAAGGGUAAAGUCCUGUAUGACUCCCAGGCCCCAGUGUGUCCUGUGUGCCAUGCUGUGUUACGACCAGGUGAGCUACAGGAGCACAUGGAGCAGGAGAUGGGCAGACUGACACAGUUACAAAUCAGUAUUAAUUCAGUGCAGAGGGACCAUCCAUUAGGGGCUUCCAAGUCCCUCUCACUAUCUCUGCACAUUAAACGUGAGGGAGGAUCCCCCACCUCUUCCCCCUGCCCACCUGAAGACCCCCACUCAGACAGAUACCAGACGUUUCUUCGUGUGAGGACCAACAGACAUACAAGACUGAAUGUCGAUGACCUCUGCUGGUGCAGGUGCUACGCCAAACCCACCCCAUUUCGCCCCCACAACGGAACCCCCCUAGCCCCAGACAGCACACAAACUGUCAGGAUCGGCAAGCUGAAGAGGAGGAAAGCUGACGAAGGCCAGGACAUUUUGGUGGACCUGGGAGGAGAGGUGGAGAAGUGGAGUGAGCGGAGGAGGAUACAUAUGACAUCCAUGCUGGGGGGGUUUAAAGGGUCGGUAUUUGUGAGCAGCAGCACAUCUAAUGAGGGCCGUGGUGACAGUGACGCUGACCUGGACGUUGAUGGAGAUGACACCCUGGACUACGGAAGAGCACAAUAUACAGAGGCAGACAUCAUCCCCUGUUCACAACGGGAGCCUGGGGAGGUGGAGGAGAGGAAAGCACAGAGGGGGGCAGUUUUAAAUGGUGGAACUCUGUCCAACAGAGUAACUCUGGAACAUUCAAAAUGGACAAAUGAGGAAAGUCCAUCCACCAGCAACGGAGAAUACAACAAACUUGACAACAGCAUAGCCUCCGUACACACGACCUGUAAAAACAGUGACAUAGAGAUGGUCUCUGAGGAUUCUGCAUUGACGACACUCAACGCACUAAAAACUCGGAUACGAGACCUAGAGAAGCAGUUGUCCAGAGGAGACAGAUACAAAUGUCUCAUCUGCAUGGACACAUAUACUACACCCCUCGCCUCCAUCCAGUGCUGGCACGUCCACUGUGAGGAGUGCUGGCUCCGCACACUGGGGGCUAAGAAGCUUUGUCCACAGUGUAACACCAUCACUUCACCUGGGGACCUGAGACGGGUGUAUCUGUGACAGGGCAGGGCCAGGGAAGCACAGACCUUUGAGGGGGACAUAAGGACAGCUGGCCUGUCAGAGACCACCCUCGUCUUUGCACCUUAACCUACACCCCACCACCUUCCGAACUGAGUAGGGGCGCACCUCAUGAAUAGAUGGCACCCAUCACUAGUUAUUGCGCAAUGAUCAGUCCUCAUGUCCUUUGACCUUUUAGGUUUGACAUUUCACCUUUGGUUUGCCCAGCUGGAUGGUAUUCAUUUGUACCAAGCUCACCUCAACCUUCAGUGAGCCAGGCCAGUUCUAAAAGUAGGACUCUGUGCUCAGUCCACUAAUUACCAGAAGGUAUUGCAUGUAAAUGACAAGAACUGAAGUCAUUUCAGCACUCUGGCACUGAAAGAAAGCUUUCAAAUGGAUUUAGAUCAAAACAAGCUUAAGAUACUCUUUGGACUAUUAUUAUAUACAGUAAACUGUUUUUUAAAAUAAUUAUUGUCUGUUUUUAUCAUGAUAAAGCACAUGUAAAUAGUUUGGGUGUGUUUGCAAUUAUGUAUGUGAAAAAGAUUAACACUUCCAUUGUGUUUACAGUCAUGUUCUUAUAAAGUAAUGCUUUUUGGAUAGUUAGGGUGGGAGGAAAGUGUGAACAUAACAAUUGUCAUAUUUUGAGAUUAAUUAUUUUGUGUUUGUCAUUGAAGUUGUGUUUCUUUGUACAGGAGUACAAAGUGUAAUUAAUCAAUGUUACAACAAUUUAAAUGUGGCUUUAAAAAAUAUGGUUAUUGCAUAAAUAUAUUGAAAAAAUAUCUAUACUAUCGAUAUCAUUGAAAAACAUUUAUUCCACUGAUUAUUGAUUUAGGCCUGGAUUCAAUCUGAUUGUGGAUCAUAGGCAUUGUGGCGUUUAAAAGCAAUGUUCCCGUGUUCACUGAGAUCUCAUUCACUGUAAAGCUGCAUUACAUUUACAUUUUAGUCAUUUAGCAGACGCUCUUAUCCAGAGCGACUUACAGUUAGUUAG